CCCAUUUCUUUUCCGAAAUCGAGACCUCGCCUUUUCCCUUCGCCUCUCGUAUUCUCUCAGGAUCCCCGCCGCAUUCCGGGAAGCCUAGGGCAGACUGGGAGCCAAGCAACAGGAAGAGAAGACCGGGUCGAGACAAAACCAGAAAAUGUACAAUAGGCAGUUCCUCCCAAGGAGAUGUCGAUUCCAUUCUCCAGCACCCACUACCGAAUUCCACAAGGAUUUGGGAAUCUUCUUGAAGGGCUCACACGUGAGAUUCUGAGGGAGCAACCGGACAGUAUACCAGCUUUUGCAGCAGCAUAUUUUGAGAAUCUUCUAGAGAAAAGAGACAAAACCAACUUUGAUCCAGCAGAAUGGGGGACUAAGGUAGAUGACCGCUUCUAUAACAACCAUGCAUUCAAGGAGCAAGAACCACUGGAGAAAUGUGAGCCUGGAAAAGAAAAGUCUCAGACAUCUAUGAAAGAGGUGACAGCCUUAAAUGAAUCUUCUGAAGAAGACAAGGACAUGGAGGAAAAUGCUGCUCUCAAAAUCCAAGCAGCCUUCCGGGGACACUUAGCCAGAGAGGAGGUAAAGAAAAUGAAAUCGAGUGAUCUUCAAGAAAAAACAGAGGAAAACGAGUGAGGAGAAUGGCUUUACCCCCUAGAAAACACGAAAAAAUCCAAAUCCAUCGACCUUGUCGUGACUGUCUUUUUUUCUUAAUAAGUGAGAUUUGAUGUAGUGAGAUAACAUUUGUUGCUGUUGUGAAAAUCUAUCGUGAGCAUUUGUUUAAUAAAUAUGCCA